AUGAUGAAUCAUCAAUUACAAGAACUCAGAGAAAGGGAGUUUCAUAAGCUGUACACAAACAAAUGGAAGUUUCUGAAUGAUGACUGGGUAAUUUUAAAGCCCACAAAAUAUCACAGAAGUGAAGUUCAUGAAGUAAGAGAAAUUAAGCAUAUAAAAGAUACACUUCUUAAACAUCUAGGGAUGAUUCCUGUUUUCUUCUUUCUGAAUGUUUUGUUUGGUUGCACUCAUUAUCCAUGUCCUUACAGAAGUGUAGAGAAAGGAUUGCUCAUCUUGUACCAACUUGUUGAAGGAUUGUCAAUCAAUGAAAUGGAAAGAUUCAUUCCAAGAAGCAGCUAUCAAGCUAUUCACAAUAUGUUCUAUAUUUCUGAAAUGAAAGAUUUGAACAAGAAACUAACAUACUAUCUGCAAACAAUGUUUUCAACUCCAGAACUACGAGUCUUUGCAGCAAAGAUACAGAAUCCACAAGGGUUUAAACAUGUAACACUAAUGUUAGGAGGCCAUUCAUAA